CUGCGCCGCCUGCUCCUUCCAACAGUCUCUUCAGUACCAUGGAAUUUCUUGGAGUGAGCUCGCUUAUGUUCAUCCUCGCAUUGCUUGCAAGCAGAUGCGAGACUGGUUGUGAGCCAAAUAUAGCAGGACGCUGCUUUGAAAAUUUCCUUCUGUCGCUGGACGGUUUACUUGACCAAAUGAGCCGAGUGCCUCCCAGAGGAAUCGGCCAAGAAGUUAACAGACUCUGCAGAAGAGCGCACGAGGCCACGCAGUGCAAGGAUGAUGUCCCGGAUGACUGCCGCGUUAAAGGCGGCGACUUCCAGCUCUGGAAAAAGGCCUUCGAGGAUAUCCACAGCACGGCCUGCAAUGGAGACAUUUCACUCCUUCGAGGACUCCUCCGAGGAUACGGAUGCUGGGAAAUGACGAGCUUCCUCAGAUGUGCCUCGAACGUCACGGGGAUCUGGAGCGUGGAAGAUCUCGCCCCUCUGGAAACGCAUAAAUGCAUGAGCGGCGUGGAAGACUCGCUGCAUGAAUGCGCCGACAGGGCCUACAACAAGUGCUCCGGGGAAGUUGAUUACAGCGCCCUCCGACGCCUGGUCUCUGUAUUUUACUCGACAGCAUUGUGUCCGAACUCUAUGGAACAUCGAAGUGGCAGUGCUUCUCUCGCUUCUCUGUCCAUCGUUGCAUCCGUUCUUUGCGUUUUCAUCCGUGUGCAGUGAAGUCAAUAUCUCAUACUCCGGUGCAUAAAGGGUGUAUACUUUAUAGUUAAAAGAAUAUAUUUCAAACAAUUCUGUGAA